GGCCAUAUGGAGCCUUUGCAUCGGACAGUCAGCCAUGGAAGCCAGCAAUCAAGAAGGAGCUCGUCGGGCAUUUCAUACUCGCACCCCCUUUCGUCGCCCCUGCUGGACCACAAAGCACACUAUGCAGAUGCGGAUCAGGCCCGUCUCAGCAGCGCUGCUGUCAAGAGGGCAAGCAUCAGCAUGCCGCUGGUACACCCGUUGAAGUCAAAUCCACUUCUGUCCCCGCCUCCACGACGGCCGUCCAGAGCGCAUUCCGAGCACAAUCUGCUCACCCACGUCUUGCACCAACACAUGAUGGCUUCUUCCAGCCUGCCAGAUUCGUCUGCCAUUGUUGACGACUCUGACGCGACUCCGACUCAGGCCCAUGACAACGGCGAACCUAAUCUGAACCUCGCAGUCCCUCGCCAAGACAACGACGACUCGACCCGUUCUUCCUUUUCGCUCUACCAAUUGGGCUCUGCCCUGUACGACCGUGCCAGGGGUGCCGUAUCCACUGCGAGCUCUGUUGCUGGCUCAGAGACCGACGCCACACCAAGACUCGACUCUACCUCCCUCUCGCUACCUCCGUCCCACCACCACGGCACGCACUCUGCGCCCGCCGCCACCAUGGAUCGCGAGAACAACCUCCCGCCGUCUACCAGUUCCGAGCCUACCUCGACCACCACAUCACCGAGAGCCAGCGUCUUUGCUACCUUCCCUCGCCAACCUCCUCCAAACUCAAAUGCCAAUCCUCGUGGCAGAACUCCACAGUCGAGAAGAGUCAGCAGUAGCACAGUCAACAGUGCAAGCCCCAGCACAGAACGUCCCGAACAAGACAAGCCUGUCCCCAUCGGCAAGAUCGGUAUCUGCGCCCUCGACAGCAAGGCCAGAAGCAAGCCCAGUCGCAACAUCCUCAACAGACUGAUCAAGGAGGGCGAGUUUGAGGUCAUUGUCUUUGGCGACAAGGUCAUUCUGGAUGAGGAUGUCGAGAACUGGCCCGUCUGCGACUUUCUCAUCUCCUUCUUCUCCGAAGGCUUCCCACUCGACAAGGCCAUAGCAUACGCCAAACUGCGCAAACCUUUCUGUGUCAACGACCUGCCCAUGCAGACAAUCCUGUGGGAUCGCCGUAUCUGCCUGCAAAUCCUCACAAAGCUCAACGUCCCCACCCCCGAUCGUGUCGAAGUCAACCGCGAUGGAGGUCCCAAGGUCCAGUCCGCCGAUAUUGCUCAGAGAUGUUUCGAAAAGACCGGUCUUCGUUUUCCAGUGUUAGGCACCCAGCCCGAGACCGAAGCACAACAAACAGCAGACCCUGUAGUCGAAUUGCUGGACGACGGCGACACCAUCUCAGUCGAUGGCAAGACCCUGACCAAACCCUUCGUCGAGAAACCUACGGACGGAGAAGAUCAUAACAUCCACAUCUACUAUCCUAAGAGCCAAGGUGGAGGUGGCAGAAGACUGUUCCGCAAGGUCAACAACAAGAGCUCGGAAAAGGAUGAGACCUUGACGAUACCCAGAUCCAUCACGGAGCCUGGAAGCAGCUACAUCUACGAGCAGUUCCUUAAGGUGGAAAAUGCCGAAGACGUCAAGGCUUACACUGUCGGUCUCGACUACUGCCAUGCCGAGACCAGAAAGUCUCCCGUCGUUGAUGGCGUUGUCAAGCGCAACCCCAACGGCAAGGAAGUUCGUUACGUGACUAGCCUCAACAAGGAGGAAGCUGGCAUGGCUUCGAGAAUUGCUGAUGGCUUUGGACAGCGCGUCUGUGGUUUCGACUUGCUGCGUGUUGGUGAGAAGAGCUAUGUUAUCGACGUCAACGGCUGGAGUUUUGUCAAAGACAAUAACGACUACUACGACAAGUGCGCCAACAUCCUCAAGAGCAUGUUCAUUCGCGAGAAGGUCAGGCUCGAGAACAAGCAGCAGCAGCAGGCACAACAGCAGCAACAGCAGCCCACCUCUGCACCCUCGUCUGCGGGUGAAGACAACUACGAAAGAGAAGCUCCCGGUACUCACCGCAAGGCUACUGUCUCCAACCACCGCAGUCAUCUCAAAUCAGUCUUCCGCUCUGCCAGUGCCAACAGACUGCGAGAUUUGGCCAACAAAAAGCCCGGAUCGCCCGAGCUGUCUCAACUGCCUUCUCCCAUCACCUCCCCACCAAGCUUCGGAAAUCUUCCCNCGCCUCGCAGCCCUGGCAUCCCUCAGGACAGCCAACUUCCACCGCCCGCAAUGCCUGACGAGAAUCACCAAUACCAAACUCUGCAAGAGUCCAUCCACGAAGCCGAGGAACACACUGAGCCCGUGCCUGCCCCCGCCUCCAAGUCGCAAUGGAAGCUCAAGGGUAUGGUUGCCGUCAUCCGCCACGCCGAUCGUACGCCCAAGCAAAAGUUCAAGUUCACCUUCCACACCAAGCCUUUCGUCGAUCUGCUCAAAGGUCACCGCGAGGAAGUUUUGUUGGUUGGAGAGGCCGCUCUGAAGAGUGUGCAAGAAGCUGUACAGCAAGCCUUGCUCGAGGGCGAAGAAGACCAGACCAAGCUUCGUACGCUGUCCAAUGCUCUGGACAAGAAGGGCAGCUGGCCGGGUACAAAGGUCCAGAUCAAGCCCAUGUUCCGCAAGAGAAGACAAGAAGAGUUGCCUGCCGAACUCCAGGACAAGCUCACCGUCGAUGAGCAUGGUAACGCCAAGCCUAAGCCAACUCCUCUUCAGGGCGAUGAGGCCAAUCACUCACGUGGAGACUCCAUGGCAGACGUGACUCUUUCCAGGAUCUCUGCUGCUGAGAACAACCUUGUGCUUGACAAGUUGCAGCUUGUUAUGAAGUGGGGUGGUGAGCCUACUCACUCUGCUCGCUACCAGGCUCAGGAUCUCGGUGAAAACAUGCGCAACGACCUGCUCUUGAUGAACAAGGAUGCCCUUAGAGAUGUUCGUGUCUUCUCAUCCUCUGAACGUCGUGUGUCUACCAGUGCUCAGAUCUUCACUGCUUCCUUCCUGGACCAGAAGGAACUCGACCCAGACUUUAUCUCGGUUCGCAAGGAUUUGCUUGAUGACUCGAAUGCAGCCAAGGAUGAGAUGGACAAGGUUAAGAAGAAGCUGAAGGGUCUCCUUCGCCAGGGCAAACAAGCACCCGAACAAUUCGCAUGGCCAAAGGACGGUACUCCCGAACCUUAUCUGGUCGUUCGCAGUGUUGUUGAGUUGAUGAAGUUCCACCGUCGCGUCAUGCUACAGAAUUUCAGCAAACUUCGGCCUGAAGGUGCGGGAGGAGCAACAAUCAAGAGUCCUCCUAGCAAUGCUUCUUCGGCCAGUCUUGCAGACAGUAUCCCAGAGAGUGUCGACCCCAAGCAGAUCCAAUCUAGAUGGUGCUGCGGCGAAGAUGCGUCCUUGUUCAAGGAACGCUGGGAGAAGCUCUUCAAGGAAUUUACCGAUGCCGAGAAGGUCGACCCUAGUAAGAUUAGUGAGCUCUACGACACGAUGAAGUUUGAUGCCCUGCACAACCGACAAUUCCUUGAGUGGGUAUUUACUCCCAGCAGCGACAUGGUUGACGACGACCAGGAACGCCCGGAUACUUUGAAGCGUACUGCUUCUGCGGAUAUGAGAGAAGAAUUUGGUCAAACCCAUGAAGGCCUUGCACCCACAAAGGAGCAGUCUUCUGUUGACAAGGAUGCUCAGCCUACCAAGCAGCAAGGAGACAAGGACAAGGGUGAUGACAAGGACAAGCUGUCUCAUAUGGCAAGCCUGAGAAGACGUUCAGAGAAUGCUUCCACCACUUUCAAGAAUGCCCAGGCAACCUUGGCUAAUCGUGUCUCUGGUCACCCCGAAUCAUACUUUGCGCUUUUCACUGGCAACAAGGAUCUUCCAGAAUCAAAGGCAAAAAUCGACGCUCGUCUGGAAAAGCUGAGAGAGCUGUAUCGUUUUUCGAAGGUUCUGUUCGAUUACAUUGGUCCUCAAGAGUAUGGUAUGCUCGAGAGCGAAAAGCUGGAGAUUGGACUCUUGACAAGUUUGCCGUUGUUGAAGGAGAUCGUGACGGAUCUUGAAGAAGGUAUGUACUCUUCGUCUCACUUACACAAACAGCAGUCGCUAACUAUUCCAUCACAGNUGCAAGCAUCUGAAGACGCCAAAUCUUUCAUCUACUUCACCAAGGAGUCGCACAUCUACACUCUGCUAAACUCCAUCAUCGAAGGAGGCGUUCAGACCAAGAUUGCCCGCAACGCCAUUCCCGAGCUCGACUACCUCUCUCAAAUCUGUUUCGAGCUUUACGAAUCACAAAACGAAGCCACUACCGACGACCCUGAAGGCAGCUGCUUCAACUACAGCAUCCGUAUCACUCUUUCCNCUGGUUGCCAUGCUUUCGACCCUCUAGAUGUCCAAUUGGAUAGCAAGCACUGUAUCGGCUGCAGCACUCGCAGAAGCUUGACACCCCACGUGGAGUGGAAGGAGGUGCUUGAGACGCUGAGGGCCAAGUUCCAUACUGUCAAGCUACCUAAGAGUUUCUUGGCUGUGAACUUGAGUGAGAAGGUUCCUCAGGCAUUCGCGCCGCAAGUCAAGGAGGAGGAAGGUACUGCUGGCGAGGCAGAGCCCAAGGUCGUGGGUGUGGAGGCUAGUCCUAUUGCUCCUGCUCACCAGCCUUGA